AUGGCGCGCGGCAUCAUCAAGCACCUCAAGCGCAUGUAUGCGCCCAAGCACUGGAUGCUCGACAAGCUUCGAGGACGCUGGGCGCCGAAGCCCAAUGCCGGUCCUCACAAGCUCCGUGAGUGCAUGCCGCUUAUUGUGAUGCUGCGCCAGCGCCUCAAGUACGCUUUGACCUACCGCGAGGUGAAGAUGAUUGUCAUGCAGCGGCUGAUCAAGGUGGACGGCAAAGUGCGCACGGACAUGUUCUAUCCGGCUGGCUUUAUGGACGUGGUUCAGAUCGAGAAGACCAAGGAGAACUUCCGGCUGCUCUACAACACCAAAGGCCGUUUCGUCCUGCACAAGGUGGCUAAGGAGGAGGCAGCAUACAAGCUCUGCCGCGUGAAGCGCGUGACUCGAGGUCCCCGCGGCACGCCCUAUGCUGUCACGCACGAUGGCCGAACGCUUCGCUUCCCAGAUCCGGACGUGAAGUCCAACGACACUGUCCGGCUGGAUUUGGACACCGGCAAGAUCAUGGACCACUUGAAGUUCGAAGUUGGCAACACGGUGAUGGUCAGCGGCGGAAACAACAUUGGUCGAGUUGGCACCAUCACGCAGCGUGAGAAGCACCCUGGUUCCUUCGAGAUCAUCCACAUCAAGGACUCGGCUGGACACAGCUUCAACACGCGUCUGGAGAACGUCUUCGUCAUCGGCCAGGCGAACAAGCCGUGGAUCUCCCUGCCCAAGGGCAACGGCGUGAAGCUGAGCAUCGUGGAG